AUGGAUACAUGGAAAGGGUGUGAUGAUUGGCUCCAAUUUUUGAAUGUGGGCAAUCUCUUGAUCGAUGGUUCAGGAGAAAAUGACGGCGAUGACUGUAUAGCCAUCAAUGGUGGCUGCUCCGAUCUCAAUAUCGCCAACAUCGAGUGCGGGCCAGGCCAUGGUAUAAGGAACAUAACCUUUGAGAAGAUCACACUCGAUGCAACUAAAAAUCCUAUCAUCAUUGACCAGUUUUAUUGUGACCGUGAUCACGACUGCAAAAGUCAGCCCUCGGCUUUGUCGGUGGAUUAUGUGAAGUACAUUGAUUUUGAAGGAACUUCUGCGAGUGAGGAGGCGAUCAAGUUAGAUUGUGACCAGAAUUCAGGUUGCCACAACAUUAUAAUGGACUGCAUCAAUAUCACUUCUGCGGUUCUUGGCAAGAAGAUUUAUGCCUCCUGCAAUAAUGAUAUUGGAACUUCCCUUGGCACUACAAUGUACCUUGCCUCAAGUCGGGACAAACCAACUACUUCUCUGUCAGCUACGCCUCCAUCAGCUCCGCCUUUGCCCGUUACGCCUCCGCCAUCUCCGCCUGUGCUGACUACACCUCCAAUAGCUCUGAUUUUUCCACCUCCGCCCUUGCCAGUUACGCCUCCGCCAGCUCUGCCCCUGUCAGAUAAGCCUCCACCUCCGCCAUCUCCGCCUCUCUCUCUCUCUGCCUCUACCUCCGCCAUCUUCACCUAUGCCGGCAACUACGCCUCCACCAUUUCCUCCUUCACCAGCUCUGCCAGCAACAGCACAAAUGUCCUUCACAGGGGAACCAGGAGUGGCAGAUAUGUACUUCACAUCUGGAGCUACUAA